CAUACACGAGCAAGAGCCCGGCGUAUUAGAGAGACGGACAGACGGAGCCGUGUGUGCCCCGCGCGCGCGUUUCUAACCGAACCUCGUAUAUACGUAGGAUAAUAACAUCGUAUAUAUAUAUCGAAAAUGGCCAGUUGUCAUGGUAAAUAUACAAAGGGACUGUGAAGUACAGUGCAAAGGGGCAGUAUAAAGUGCCCUGCGCGUGUAACUCAGGUGUAACGAUAUUUCCUUCGGGGUUUUUUUCCUUUUCUUAACGCGAGUGCGAAAAGUUAGUGCGUGUGCCGUGUUACUACCACUGAUCGAUGAUCGCUCGUUGUUUUCCCUAUUUUUUUUCUUCCGCUUCCGAUCGUCGUCGAUCUCUUUUGACUAUCGUCGACGUCGACGCGUGUGUUGCGGUGCGAUAAAAAAAAACUCUCGUUAGAGAAGGAAAUAGCGGCAUACACGAGGAAAAAAAGUUUCGCGAAAGUUUUUUGGAUUUCAAGAGUCGCAGCCAGCCCCCUCGAACGUGACACAGUUUCUGCUACUACUACUGCAACAGUGCGCGAAUUUUGGAGAGCUGCAAGGGAGAGCGAGAGCGAUAUUUACAGUGUGUUAAAUACGAGCGUAAUAAUCUAAAAAAAAAAGUGAGUGUGUGUUUUCGUGCGUGCACCAGUGCGUAAAUAUAUACGAUUGUGCUAAAUAACGAAAAAAAAAGAGAGAAUCACUCUACUUUUUUUUGUUUGUGUGUGAUCGUUGUUGUCAAGAAACAAAAAGUCCUGUGCGCACACGAUUUCCAGUGAAAGUAUAAAAAAAAAGUAGCGUACAUAAAAACAGCGCCGAUUGUUAUAUGAUUAUUUUUUUUUGUUGCGUUCGACCAAGCGCCACAGCAGCAGCAGCAACAAUACACAGUGUGUACGACCAUAUACUCGGCUCGAUCGUCAAAAAAGUGCGCGCAACCGAACACACGCACACAACCGUUCUCUUCUCUCUCCACAAGCUCCAGAAAAAAAAGUAACGAGCCGAAAGUUACGACUCGCGGUGCAACAUAGUUGCGCGCAAAAUUUCUUCCAGUGCGCAGUGUGUAAAAUACAAAAAAAUAUACGCGCAUAUAUCGUAAUCAAGACGCGGAGCAGCGCAGUCAAGAGUCAUUAUAAUAGCCACACCGCCGCCGACGUCUCCACCCCGUGCGAGUGCAUAUACAAAAUCGCACGAGGCGCGAAGGAAGCAACGGAGAAAAAAAAAAGAAAAGAAGAGGAAGACGAAGGAAGGAUCCGCUGCUCUAAUCGUUUCGCCGCUCUCCUUUUUUUUUUCUUCAUUUAAAGCGCCGAGACUCGCGCGUAAUAAUCGCUCUCGACUCGCGGCAUAAGGAGAGUGAACGCGAGAGACAGUUUAUAUGCACACACCGUAGAGGAGAUUGUCUAUAUACCGAGCGCCAGGUAUAUUAUAUAUAUAUGUAACGAGCGCGGUGGUGUGUCUGCAUAUAUAAUACUAAGCGCGCACGUGAGCCCGACGACUGCGUUUUCCCACGAGCCUGUCGAAGCUCACAUAGUGCACUUUUUUAUAAAUACAAACACACACACCUCCCGCUCCGCAGCUAGGCUCAGCUGCUGUACUAUACCAAAACGUAUACACACACACACACCGAGCGUGUGUGCGAAUUAAAAAGGAACUGUGCAGUGAGCUAGCCUCCGUUCUACUAUACACAAUCGACUUCGUCCGUGUGUCUGCAUAGGUGAAAGUCCAACUUCGCCGCCGCUGCUACGCCAGUGCAUGUGCAUACAGUAGUAGAUAUAUAUAUAAACUCGCUUACCCGGCACAGAUCGGAAUCGAGUCUACUCGUGUGUGUGUGUGUGUGUAUACUCGCCAGCAAGAGCGCGAGAGCAAAUCAGGAAUCGGAUCGUAACCGCGCCUUUAAAACUGAUCUCUCUGUCUCUCGCUGUGCUGCACUGUGCCGUGCAGCGCGCCACUCCCUCGUCGUUCACCGGUAUUAAGGGCAGCAGCAGCAGCCAGAGAUAUCUAAGAAAACGUUUGUUCCUGGUUCAAAGCGAGGAAUGAUCGAUCGUAAUCCAUAUACACAGGCGACCAACGACGACCGACCCCCGUAUAUAGAUGAAAAAAGGAUCCGUGCAUACGUAUAAGAUCAGCAACAGCGACGGCCAAGGAUAUCGUACCAAGGAUAUAUAAAUAUAUAUAUCCACCUACUAGUACGAGAGAGAGAAGUCGUGUCCCGACGAUAAGCCCGCGGCUAGGAAGAAGAGAGAGAAGACGAUCUUCUUCUUCUUCGCAACGACUCACGACGCAGCACAGACACCGGUCAUUGUGAGAAUUAGCUCGAAGAGAUAAAAGUAAGAGAGAGAGGAGAGGCCCAUCGUUCAUCAUUCCUUCUCGUGGAUGUAAAUACGUGUGUGCGAUAAUAUUGCCGAUUGUUGCCAGGAUAUACACUGAGAGUGAGAGAGACUCGAUUUUUUGGCCAAUCGAGAGAUCGAUCGAUUUUCGUUAAGUAUAAUAUACAUCCGCAUAAGAGAGAGAGAGAGGAUGCCGAGAAGUCAACGUGAUCGAUCAUCCACGUCUGGCCUGCUGCUGCGCUGUAUCGUAGCAUUAUAGAUCAGCAGGAGAAAGAAUCGAAGUAUAGGAGGCGCAACGACGCAACGCCGGAAUAAUAAUCAGAGCGAGAAUCGGGGCGAAACACGCGCGGCGUGACAAGAGCCCGUGCGCUACAUAAAAAAAAAAAAAAAAAACUAUACAUAGUUAUAAAAUAUCAACGACAACAACGGAUCUCUGUUUCUCGCGGUCAUGGCUUCGAUAACGACGAUAACGAUGCUUCUGCUGGCGAUCCUCGCGACUCUGGCCACGGCCGAGCAGAGAUUCGCCGAGACGCCGGCCGAGUACCAGGAGGUCAGCCAGGGCCAGGACGUCAAGCUGCGCUGCCGCGUGCAGGACAAGCGCGGCCAGUGCAUCUGGCAGAAGGAUCGCUUCGCCCUGGGCAUGGUGCACGACAAGUACGAGUGGGACCACGGCGACGCGGGCGAGUGCUCGCUGGUGAUCAAGCGCGCCAGCCUCGACUACGACGACGGACUGUGGGAGUGCCAGGUGACGCCCGGCGACUUCGUCAAGCAGGACGGACUGAGAUCGCCGCCGGCCAGGCUCCUCGUACGAGUCGAGCCGAGAAAACCGCAGAUGGAGUACAAUGGAGCGCUGCUGACUACCGGCCUGACCCUGCGCGAGGGACAGGACGCGUCAAUAUCCUGCACGUCCAGAUACGGCAAUCCGCCUGCCCUCAUAAAAUGGUUCAUCGGCAACGAGGAGGUGAAGCCGCAGAGGGAGCAGUCGAACGCGACCGAGGUCGACAAGCCCAAGACCUGGGCGGCCCACAGCACGCUCAAGGUGAAGGGCACCCGGGAGAAUCACAACAAGCCGAUCAGAUGCCUGACGAUGCACCCGACUCGGGCGCUGCCCGAGGUCGUCGAGUCUCGCUUCGACAUACACUACUCGCCCACUGUGCACCUCGAGACGAGUCCGCGCAUGCUCGUGGCGGCCCUCGAGGACUCGGCGAGCUUCGUCUCGCUGCGCUGCGUGGCCAACUCCAAUCCGCCGGCUACAAUCAAGUGGUUCAAGGACGGCUCGCCCAUACUGAUGUCGAGCGGCCACGUGCAGCAGAUCGACGGCAGCCAGGCCAACGCCACCCUGGCCGAGUCCGAGGUGCGCUUCGAGCCGAUCAAGGCCGAGGACGCGGGCCUCUACAGCUGCCGAGCGGUCAACAUCAUCGGCGAGAGCGCCCCGGAUCAUUACAGGCUCGACGUUCAAUAUGGACCGAAGCCGCGUCAGCAGGACCAGCUGGACGGCCACGGACACAGCACGCUCAACGGCCAGGGCAUGUCGAGCCUCGGCGAGAUCGAGGAGACCACCUCGCUCGGCCUCAACAUCGAGCCCUUCGAGUGUCCCGACUUCGACGCCAAUCCACCGGCCCAGUAUCGCUGGCUUCAUCAGCGGGGCGGCAGCACCGACACCAUCGACAAUCGCAACAGCGAGGACUCGCUCAACGGCGGCCGUAGGCUCCGGCUCGAGAACGUCGGCUGGUCCGACGAGGGCGAGUACCGCUGCGUCGCCUACAACGUGAUCAACGGCGUCAGGCGGGAGAUGCCGAGCGACGUGAGAUUCGUGCUGCACGUGAUCGGACCGCCGGAGAUACAGUCGAGGCCGAGCGCCGAGACCGAGGACGGCAUGUACGAGUCGAUCGGCUGGGCCGGCGAGGCGGUGCACAGGCUCAAGUCGAGAUUCUGCUCGAGGCCGCCGCCGCGCAUCGUCGCCUGGCAGUGGGGCAGUUCGCACAUCAGAGCUGGUGAAAGCAUAGGGCCGAAGUACGAGGCGCUGGAGCUCGAGCCGAUCAUCGAGAACAAGAUGGCCACCAACUGCUACUGGGCCAAGCUGGAGAUACGCGAUCUGCAGCGCGAGGACGCGCGACUCUACACCCUCGUGGUGGAGAGCGACAAGGGCCGCGACUCGACGAAUCUGCGCCUGGUGGUGCGCGACCCCACGGAGCUGCGCAUAAUCGCCGCGGCGGGGGCGGUGGGCCUGCUGGUGCUGCUGCUCCUCGUCGCAGUGGCCGUCUACUCGUGCAUGCGCUCGAGGCGCAACAAGCACCGCGAGUACAGGCAGGAGGACGAGGAGGCGAGCAUCUCGGCGGAGCAGUACUACGGCACGCAGACCGCUGGUGCCGGUGCUGGUGCUGGUAAUGGACAGCAGCAGCAAACGGCUGGACAGCAGCAGGCCCAGGUGGGACAGGGACAGAACGGCGGCACGAACGGCACGACGGUGCUGGGGGUCAUGGGACAGCAGCACGUCGAGACCAUCGACAGAAAUAGCCUGAAGCUCGGGCUCGAUCAGCAAACGAUACAGCGCCAGCACAUAGUCAAUCAGCAGCAGCUGCAGCAGUGCAAUCUCAAGAGCGCCCUGGUGCAGAACAGCGGCGGCAUGAUGAGCGUCUCGGCGGGCAUGUAUCCGCGCAAGCAGCAGUCCAGCAGUCUGGCGAGCAGCAACAACACCACCACGACCAUGAGCGGCGGUAGCUUGGUAGGCAUCGGCGGCCUCGCGGUCAUGUACGAUUACGAUCAGAUAGCCUGCAAGUCGAGGCAGGCCAUGAGCCCGGAGGCGCUGAAGGUGCGCCGCGCCCCGGCCGUGCUGCAGCCCCCCACGAUCGUCUGAUACGAAGAGGGCCGCUUCGCCGUGUUCUACGGCGCCGAGCCCGUGGCUCGGCCUCCUAGUCUAGGGCCGCUCUGCGCCGCCACGAUCGACUCGAUCGAUUAAAUCGGUUUGAACGUAAACGAGAGAUAGUUAACGGAAAAAAUAAAAAUAAAUAGCGUAACGCGAAAUGGAAAAAAAAAGAAAAUUGAAGAAAAGGAAAAAAAGAAAAAGUUAAGCUAUGGCAGCGGAUGACAACAACAACAACAACCACGACGGGGGACCCUCCCCCCUCAUUUAUCGAGAGGAAGACGGAAAAGAAUACUCGACUCUUUCGUCUUAUCGUUUGCUCCUUUUUUUUCGCGAGCGACCGCAGGACGAUGACCGGUAUACACACACACACGUAUACACACGCACGUAUAUCUCUUAGUCGCUGCUGUGUACAUACAACACAGCCCGUAUACCACUUUGACGCGUACGUAUACUCUUUCUCCUCUCGUUCGCCGCACACGAGGCACAGCGGAGUAGAGCAACGGCAGCAGCUACUUGAAAGAGAGAUAGAUAGAGGAGAAAGAGAGACCCCAGAGGGGCUUAUCUGAUGGCUGAUGAAAAUUUGCACGGGAAACGAGACUCGCCACACAUUUUAUACAUACAUACAUAGAGGAGAGCAACAACGACUACGACGACGACGACGACAAAAAGGCGGAUUUCUCGUUACAACGGCUCACGAGUUCCGCGUUUAAGUCACACACACUCGACACACACACGAGCACUCCGCUACACGCGGACGCCCUUAGAGAGAUAAACUUUACAUUUUUACCCUUUUAUCUACUCUCUAUCUCCUCUUCUCUCGCUCUUUUUUCACCUCUCCUUCUCUUUCUCCGUGAGUGUAUGUGUGUGUGUGUGUCGCGAGAGCCUCAAGAGCACAAAUUGCAUGUAAGCGUCCAUGAUCCACGCGUGCACGUGUGUAUGUGUGUGUGUGCACGCGAAAAAAAAAGAAGUUUUCGAUGUUCGAGCGAUAACGUUUUUAUCUCUUUCAUAUUACGUUGCGAAGUCGCUCUCCUCUUAUCCGAGUGUCUCACACACAAAGCUGUUGGCCCUCUUUCACCCAUUAACGCGCGGCUGUGUAUCUUUCCCUCGCUCGCAGCGAAUACAUACAGGCUUCUUUUCAAGAUCGCCGACAAAUUGGAAUAUUUGAAUUUUUUUCCCGCGCACAAAUUGUAAAACGCACACCACAUAGCCACGAGCAGCAACGGAUGCUAUUGUAAUAUUCCGUAUAUGCGAUGGAUAAAAAUCGUUAAUCGGUGGUUAACACACUUCUAUAUGUAUAUUACAUAUUUAUGCAUUAUAUAUAGAAAGAUAAUUUUACCACAAUAUGAUAGCUGUACAUGUGUUUGUCUGUGUAAAGUAACGCCCGAACAAACGAGAGAGAGAGAGAAGAAACGGGCAACAUAAUGGAUACUCUAGAAAUACGUCAGUUUGAGAAGUCGGACGGACUCGCUCGAGUUCUUGUAAAUAUAGUGAAAACUGGGCUAUCAUUACACACAAAAGGCGUACGACUAAGACGACGACGACGACGACUACGGGGACUGCUGCUCCGCUGUGGCCUACUGCGCUCGACUAAGCGUCCAGUUGUGUUGUGUAUGUGUUGUUUAAAAACCGCAAACUAAUUUCGCGUUGUUGUACUCGCGCAACGCAAGUCUUAGAGCAGUCGCGCGAGAGAGAAAGAAAGAAAGAAGAGCAACGGUAUAUAUGUGCGUUUAAGCGCGAGGUAUCUGGAAAUUCAAGUGUAGCAUGUAUAGAGAGAAAAGUAUUAUACGAUACAAUACGUUGGCGAAAAGAGAAAAACUUUGCCGUCGAUAAAACGGCUGCUGCCCGCUGCGACUUUUCAUCGGAAAACGCGCGAGCUGGACAAUGCGCGCCGAGCGAACGACCAAAGAGCGAGAGAGAGAGAGAAGAGAGAAUCGGGAAAGAAGAAGAAGAAGGAUGGAAAAGAAAACAAAAGCUGCUCCGGGAUGAAAAGUUGGCAAAAGGCCGAGGAAAAGAGAAGUUUUCUUCUUCGGCGAUAACGGCGUACACAGUGGAAGAGAGAGAGAAAGAAAAAAACCAAUUGUUGUUCCACAAGGAGUGAGAGAGAAAGAGAAUCUUUGGGCGUAUAAACGCGCGCGAAAUGUAUAAACGCGAGCGGCGAGCAUCCGGCCCUCUGCUGCACGACUAUAUAUAAGAGCGACACAUACACACGUGACACCGGUUUUCGGUUAUUGCACGUGCUGCUGCUGCUGUCCAGUAUUAAACUGGACUUUCUUCAACUCGACGAGAGAGACAACGACGGCGACGACUGCUCCUUAUCGAGAUGCAAGACUCGUUUUUAGGGAAAAACUUUUCGCCACCACUGCGUACAUAUAUAAUAAUAACAUUAUAUAUAAACGCGUCGUCGUCGUCGUACUUGUUGUUGUUGUUGUUGUUGUACUUGUCGUCUCGUGGAUGGUGCAUAGUCGCACGUUCAUAUUCCUGCAGCGCUACGUAACUAUAUAUAUGCACAGUACAUAAAACGGCAAUGACGAAAAAUCUUUUUCUGUUUUCUUAUGCACUUUUUUCCAUCUCUCUCUCUCUUUUCUCCUCGCCCCCGCGCUGCACAAACGACGGAUUAUCAUUCUCAAGUUGUAACGUUUCUGCUGCCGCUGCUACUAGGCGCAAUAAACUUUGUCAACUGUACGUGUGUGUAUGUGUGCGCGUGUUUUCCUUUUCUUGUACUUCGAGGCUGCUCUUUUACUUACAUACUCUCUGUGCAUGAGUACGUGGAUUUGUGUGUGUGCGUCUCGGCGCAUAUUUAAAUGUAUUUAUCCGUGUGUGACUCGACGGUUUUCGCGCGACAUUUUUUAUUUUUUAAAACGAGGCUUUACUUUUUCUUCGGUUUUUUUUUCUUCGUGUGCAAUUCUCACGCGGUGUGCAUGAAAAAUGACAAAAAAAAGUAUACACGAACGUUAUAUACAUAAAUAUAUAUAGAGUAUAUUAUACGAAAAAAAAAAUAUGCAUGUAUAUGAAAAACUCGACUCCGACGACAAACACGAAAAAGGUCGAAGCCGAGUCUAACGAUUUUUCAUUUUUUCAGGACGAUUAUUAAUGUGUGUGUAUCUGUGCAUUUUAAAACGAGAAAAAUUAGUCUUAAUUAUCCUAGAUAUAAUGUAAGCAUACGAAUUACUGCGAACGAUACGUUUUUUUUAACUCCAACCGAAUAUUAUACGAUUUGAUGAUUACCGUUUCUGUUCCUGCGAUUUGUAAUUAAUUAACCCGUUUCUUAUGUCUUACUCCUUUCUCACGCGACACAUUAGCGCGCGUGUGUGUGUGAGAUGCGUUACAAUACGAUGUAUACAAUUAGGAUUAUUAUGUUGUUAUUUCAAAUGUAUAUUUUUUUCUUUGAAGCUUAUAAUAUAAUCGAGAGAAACUGUUG